GCAUGCUUCAACCGAAAAAAGCAGUCACUGAGCUCACGACUUAUCUAACGACUAGGCGUGGCGAAACCAGUGCUGUUAAGCCGAGCCGAGAGCUCCUGGCAGGCAUUGGUGUCGUAACUUGAGUCGUACAUAUUGUUGUAGGCAACGACCGCAGUCGGGCCAGUUAAGUACUCACGUUGAAGCCCUUUGCCCGCCGACUUCCGUCGGAGUCGCCCUCGCUUGGUCUCGGACAUGGCUUUCUGCUUCGACCUAAGCAUCCCCUUCCUCGAGGGUGACAGCGGAGGCGGCGGCGCGUCGUCGGAAAACAAGGCGCGGAAGGACGCUUGCCUGAAGGCGGUGGUGACGGCCAUGGAACUCGGCUACGCCGGCGUCCUGUCGGACGCGGACCGUUGCAAGAUCGCUCCCCCUUCCUUCUUUCCUCCCUCCUCAAGGCCUCCGUUGCCUUCCACCGCGACCUCCUCGGGGGCGCCCCCCUCGCCUCCCCCUUCCGCCAUUACACCCGCUUGACUGUUUCUGCCCGCGGCGCCGCCUUCGCCGUUGCCCUCAACGGCAGCGCUCUGCUGAGGACCUGCGACCUAGUUGCCCUACGCCCUUUGAACCAGGACGCGUUCGACGAGGCUUGUGAGUCAUCCGAGACAGGUUGAUAUAAUUUCAAUGGAUUUCUCCCAAAAACUUCCCUUCCGUUUGGGGCUUCAAUCCAUUAAAGCAUGCUAUUCAGAUGCUCAUGGAUUAUAUUUUGAAAUAACCUACACUCAUCUUAUAGCUGAUGCUCAUGUUAGGAUGCAAAUCCUAUCAGAUGCCAAGUGCCGACCUACAAUUCUGUGGUUUGACAUGCGGUCCAGCUUUUGUUCGAGGGAAUUGGCAGAGAAGACCUCCAAAAGGGAAAAAGUGGGAUCACCAGUGAUGUCUUACAGAGGAAGAAGCUAUAUUUUAAGUCUAGUUUAUAUAAAGCACCAUCCAAAAUAUAUCCUCGCUUAGUUCAUCCCGGCCGAAUCCUUCGAGUUCUACGACUGGUGGCCAUGUGGAUGGAUGUAUCGUUGAAGCAUCUAACUUGGCUUUUCAUGCUUGGUGGUGGGCAAACUUUGGUCUGUAACAGGUCCAAGAACAUCCAAAGAUGAGUUACACCGAAUGCUGCCGCCUUCGAGUCACUUUGUGCCCGGUGGCCCGCCCAAAUCAUGCAACAACGAACGGGUCGGUACUCGGACGCCCGCCGAAUUGGCUCUCUCGGUCUCGCGCCCCCUCGUGCACUGCCCAUUGACUGUGGGACCCGCACACCCCUCGCACGAGUCCAGUGGGCUUUCCUCACCGUUAAAAUGAGCUUGCUGGUGCUCUCCCUCUCCUCAAGCUCAAGAACCCCAACAAUCCCAUGUUUCUUUCCUCCUCCUCCUCCUCCACCACCGCCGCCGCCAACUACCCCUUCGGCGAACCCGCCCUCGACCGUCCGGAAUUCGGCUCGGCCGUCGGUCCUCAUGGCCUCAUCACCGACGCCAGUGGUUCCUUCUUCCAUUUCCCCUCCUCCAUUCCUCCCUAUUCGUCCUCUCUUCCCACCGAACAUUAUCUCCACAGGAGCAGUAGCGCCCGUUCGCUGCCGCUCCGCCGCCACAUUCUCGGCCCCCUCAACCAGCUACAGCCGCCAUUUUCGUCGUCCCCGACCUCCUCCUUCUGCGACUACCUCGACUUCCACGCCGCCCCGAUGAGGCGGGUCGUCAGCACUGGCGAUCUCCAGGGGGUCGACGGUGUCCACGAGAAUCAUAGCCAUGAGGGAGGUGUUGCCGGAAGAGUCGGUCGAUACAGCGCUGUGGAGAGGAAGGAAAGGAUCGAGAGGUAUAAGAGCAAGCGCAAUCAACGGAACUUCCACAAGAAGAUCACCUAUGCAUGCAGGAAGACAUUAGCCGACAGCAGGCCGCGAGUGAGGGGCCGGUUUGCGAGGAACGGUGAGACAGGGACGGAGGCAGAGGUAGAGACGGCGACGGCGGCUACAAACAUCUUCGAUGGCUAUAGCUACGACAACUACGAGCAGAACCAAGGCUGCAGUGUCGGUGGUGGCAAUGACGGCGAGUGGUGGAGCCGGUUGCAAGCGGCGCUGGCGACGGACGAGGAAGACGAGUACAGCUACGACGACGAUCUCCUCGCCAGCUUUGCCGACGUCUUCUCCAUGGACAUUCUCUCCUCAAGUCUGGUGAGCAGAGAAAGCACCGAGUAAAGGAGGCCUUAUCGAAGAUGAAGCAGCAGCAGUGAAUUCUUCUUGUACUUGUCUUCUAAUGUCUUCCAGUCAAACCUCGUCGCAGCAGCUACAGUUUCUGUCUUCUCGGUUCCAUAAAUUCUACAUAUACUCACCGCCUUUUUCUUUUUGA